UGUAUGAUGUAUGUUGUUUUUCAAACAAGCCAAAACAUUUGUUUUGUUGUUGACACAAAUACAUUGUUUUGUCCUGAGUUGCUUCAUGUCUUUUGUCAUGACACACAUGAACCCAUCCCUCUUAUGUGGAAAUCAAUGCCUGUCACUCUAGGACAAUGUCUAUUUUUAAUGUUUUUGUUUAUUUUCUAGGAUUAUUAUGAUAAAUGUCCAAUGUUUCAGCCUGAUUCCGCCCACCUAUUGCUCUCAGAUCAGUUUUCGCUGAGAUUAUAGUCUUGAAAUCCCAUUCACAAGAUGAAUCACUCUGAACUCUGAAUCAGCCACCAGUGGGGGUGGCUAAGUACAAUGAUGUUGAGGUGAAGCGUCUGUUUCAACUAUUAAGGGCAGACGUAGCACACAAAGCAAUACAGACCGUAGUAGAGAGAGAGGCGAGGAGGGGAGAAGAGAGGAGAGGGGGAGAGAGGGAGAGGGAAAGACACAAAGCAACAUAUACCGUAGUAGCAACACUAGAAUUGAGGUCAGAGCAAGAAGAAUGUGUGAAUUUAUCCAUCAAGGGCAAAGACAUUGUGUCCUUCCUGCCAUGGGGGUUGGUUAUUUGGGUUGUCUAUAGGUAUAUGUACAUGUGUAGCUUAUAGAUGUAUUACAGGGUGCACUGUAUGGUGCGAUAUAGUCUUAUGUAUGACUCUAUAGUGUGUAGUCAUCAAAGUCGUCCAGCGAGAGAAGAGAGAAAGAUAAGAUCAGCUGAAUUUAAAAAAAAACUUGGAACAGCGUGGUAUUAACUUGGGUCAUAAAAUCCACAUUUAAGUUACGGCUGACGGUUGACUUCCUGUGUGGUAAGGAGUAUUUCCCCUCAGAUCUUGCAACAGGGACAACGUAAAAGGUUAUGACACAGACUUUGUAACACAUGUCCUUUCACGCAGAGGACUGUACGCAGUGACAGCCAACAGACACCCAACAGAACUGUGUUCUUCCCAUACAGGCAACUUCAGCUUACUCUCCCUCCUCUCACACCCUACACUCUCUCUGUCUCUCUCUCCCUCCUCUCACAGCCUACACUCUCUUUCUCUGUCUCUCUCUCUCUAGUCUGAGGAGAUAAGCAAGAAACAAUCAGCCUCCAAGAAAACUAUCAAUAUGGACUCCUUCAACGGCACCACUGACCCAACCAUGCUACCCCAUUACCUGCAACCCUCUCUCUCCUCCUUCUCUCUCUCUCCCUCCUCUUCCUCUCCCUCCUCUUCCCCGGGCCUCUCCGUCUCGCACCAGGUGGGCAUCAGCAUCCUGACCAUAGCCCUGGUGGUGGGUUUCCCUGGCAACCUCUUCGUGGUGUGGUCGGUGCUGUGUCGUGUGCGCCAGCGCUCCGUCACCUGCCUGCUGGUGUUCAACCUGGCGUUGGCCGACGUGCUGGUCCUGCUGACCGCGCCGCUCUUCCUGCGCUCCCUGACGGUGGGCGUGCAGGGCUGGGAGUUUGGCACCGCCACGUGCAAGAUCGUGCACUACCUCUGCGCCGUCAACAUGUACACCUCCAUCUACCUGAUCACCCUGAUGAGCGCCGACCGCUGGCUGGCCACCAGCAGGCCCUUCGUGGCACAGCGGCUGCGCACCAAGCGGGCACUACUUUCCAUCAUUCUGGCAUUUUGGGUGCUGGCCUUCGUUCUGGCACUGCCUAUGCCAUUCUACCGCAGCAACGAGCAGAUUUUCGGACACAAGAACAUCACCUCCUUCUUCUGCGUACCUUACCACUGGGACAGCGUGGGCCAUCAGGUGUUCCAGUACCUGGUGGAGACGUUCAUGGGCUUCCUGCUGCCCUUCAGCCUCAUCGCCGGCUGCUACGCCUCCGUCUUCUGCCGCCUGCGCACGGCCAUGUUCAAGCGUCGCGGGCGGGGCAGCUGCCUCAUCCUCACCAUCCUCGCUGCCUUCGCCCUCUUCUGGCUGCCGUACCACAUCGUCAACAUCCUGCAGGUGAUCGGACUGCUGACUGACACCGAGUGGGCGAUUGAUGCGGCGAAGGUGGCGCGUCCCAACGUGACGGCGUUUGCGUUCCUGAGCAGCAGCGUGAAUCCCGUGCUCUACGUGUUCGCUGGCAGCUCGCACAUCCGGAACGCGGGCCUAGGCUUCAUGGCAAAGUUGUUUGAGGGCACCUACUCCGACACUCAGUCGCGCAGCACACGCAGCACACGCAGCUCCGUCCCCGACGACAACUCCAUCUUCCGCAAGAUCACUCAAAAGAUGAGUGUGCGAGGAGGAGGAGGAGGAGGAGGAGGAAGAGGAGAGAGUGUGGCGGGUGGGGAGGAGGACACGAGGAAGACAGCUGAGCUGAAAAAUCUCAUGACAGUCGCAGAAUAAAAGGGAAAGGGAGUGUGUGUGUGUGUGAGAGAGAGAGACAGAGAGAGAGAGAGAGAGAGAGAGAGAGAGAGAGAGAGAGAGAGAAGGAGAGGAAGUGUGCGUUUGUGUGUGAGUGAGUGAGAGAGUGAGAUAGAGGGAGAGUGAGUGUUUGUGUGUGUCUGUGUGUGGGGCGGGCAGUGUGCAAAUAUGCUAAUAUUGCAAAAAAAAAAAUGCAAAUAUUUGGAGAGUGAUUUUUUUUCUCUGGUUGAUUAUGUGUUGCGGUGUACUGUUUCUUCAUAUCCUUGUCUUGUGUAAGUUGUAUCAUUAUUAAAUGCUCUUGAUAGGA